AUGAAAAAGGAACAUGAUUUUCUCAUUGUAGCACUGAUGGAGCCGUUUCAAAAGACAAGAUAUAUUCAGAAAUACAUGAGGAGACUAGGUAUGGAAAAUGCUAUAUCAAAUGUUAAUGGGAAAAUAUGGUUAUUCUUAGAUGCUAUGGUGGAAUGGGAUCUGUUGAUUGAUACCGAGCAGCAACUGACCAUCAAGGUGUAUCAUCAGGAUAUCGGUAACUACAUCAUAAUGACUUUUGUAUAUGCAAAAUGUUCAUCAUUGGAAAGAUUAGAGCUGUGGGACAACCUAUAUUACCUUGCAAGUAAUAUGGACUUGCCUUGGAUAAUCGAGGGAGAUUUUAAUGUGAUUCUUAGUGAAGAGGAGAAGAUAGGAGGACUACCAGUACUUCACCCAGAAUAUGAAGACUUUGAUUUUUGUAUUAACUCAUGUGAAUUGUUUGGUCUUGGAUAUAAAGGCAGCCCCUUCACUUGGUGGAAUGGGAGGGCAAAUGCAAAGUGUAUCUUCAAACAUUUGGACAUGAUAUUUGUUAAUCAACCUUUCCAAAAUCUUUUCCCUAGCAUUGAGGUAGAACAUUUGAUAAGAACUGGUUCAGAUCAUGCACCAUUGUUGAUGAAUUGUGGAAAAAAUGCACCACAAUUUGUGAGGCCUUUCAGAUUCCUGAAUUUCUGGGCAAAACAUGAUAUAUUCAAAGAUGUAGUUAGGCAGAAUUGA